AACAUUGCGAGCAAUGGCAUCUUGACAGGUGUUUAUGGCAAUUAAAUGCAAGAUCGACGCCCUUCAUGUGACUUAUGAAUUUAAUUUGUUUAUUUUUCCGAAGUCGGCAGACAACAGCGUCUCCGGGCAAUGAAGGAAACCUAGUGUGAUAUUAGUUAGAAUCUCUGUUAUGUGACAGUUAACAAGCUCACAUAUUAAGCUCUUAGCAGUUCAGAGCGUGUGUCAUUGCCUAGCCUGUCUGCUACCUGGACGCUCUAUUAAUUAAUACGUAGCACCCUCAUCGUUAAACUGCUUCAUCAGCAUCCUAAACCCGCAACUCUACUAGCUGAUCUCAUGGACAUGCAUCACAUCGCCGUAGCUGUCAUCAUUUGGGCUGCUGUGUUUGUGGAAUCGAGGAAGAUCCGGGGCAUAUCUAUAUCUUAUAAGAGAUUUUACAAAGAGAGGAAGUCAUUCCUUUGCAUCGAUGGCUCAAAACUGAUCCCCUUCGAGCAAGUGAAUGACGACUACUGCGACUGCGCGGAUGGGUCGGACGAACCUGGCACCGCGGCUUGUCCUAAUGGGCAUUUCUACUGCGCAAACUUGGGCUUCCGACCGCACCACAUCCAGUCCUCCAGAGUCAACGAUGGCAUCUGUGAUUGCUGCGACGGCUCUGAUGAGUACAACAGCUCAGCCCACUGCCAGAAUACAUGCAGGAAUCUGGGGCAGAAGGAGCGUGCAGAGCUGGAGGAGAGGAUGAGGAGGCUCAACGAGGGCCUGCUGAUGAAGAGGCAGCUGGUGGAGGAAGGGGCCGAUGUGUGGAGAGAGAAACAGGCGGAGCUGAGCGAGCUGCAGAAGGUGGCGGAGGAUCUGCAGAUCCGGCUGGAGUACCUGAGGAAGAGGAAGACCGAAGCCGAGGCGCUGAAGGAGGCGGCCCUGGCGGCCGCUCACCCCUCACCUCCACCUGAAGAGCCCAGAAGUCCCAUCAGAGCUGAGAUAAGCUUAGACGACCACGAUAUGCCAAAGCCAAUGCAGGACACAGACCUGCUCAUAGAUACAGACGCGAGGCUUCAGCAGUGGAUGGAGUCCGCAGAAAAGAGGGAAGAGUCUCCGAAGGAUCCUGAGGCGAGAGACCCAGCCACAGAGAAUGACCCCGAUGCUAAAGCGGCGAUGGAAGCUGCAGAUAGUGCUGUGGCUGACUUAAAGAAGUCUGAGGAGGCAUACCAGAGACUUCAGAUGGAGAUCAGGGAGCUGGAGGACAGACUGGCUAUAGAUUUCGGCUCGGAGAGAGAGUUCCUCUUCCUGCUGGGACGAUGCUUUCAGAUCAUCGCAUAUGAGUAUACAUACACUAUUUGUCCCUUCAAUCAAGUAACCCAGAAGAGCCAAGCAGGAACUGAGGUCUUGUUAGGGAAAUGGGAUGCCUGGGGUGGUCCAAAAGAUAACCCCUAUGGAAUGAUGAAGUAUGACCGAGGAGAACCAUGCUGGCAGGACCCACCAGGUCUACUCAUGUACGGCUGACCUGUGGCUCAGACUCGGCUGUGCGCUGGGUGAAGGAGCCCAGUAAAUGCCACUACGCCAUGGAGCUGCAGACCCCUGUAGCCUGCCGGCCUCAGCCGUCCAGGAGAGGCAUCCACAGCGAACUUUGACCCCACACAAAGGACGGGGUUGUGUGUGUGAGAGCCGUCCAGCAGGAGAGGCAUCCACAGCGAACUUUGACCCCUCACAAAGGACGCGGAUGUGUGUGUGUGCGUGUGUGUGUGACAGAGAGAGGGAGAGAGAAAGGUCCCUGAUCAUUAUGUAACCCUGAGUUCAACGUCUGAGUGUUCAACCACAACAGACAGACAGAACCACGGCUGAGCAAUAACGUCGGUUUGAUUGCGUCUGUUUUGGUUUUUCCCCUUUGUGAUGUGUGCUCAUGUGACAUGUUGGCUUUUCUGACCGACUGUCCUUCAGUGUUAUUCGUCAUAAGCCAGCUCUGCUUUGGGAGUUGAGUUGGUCUAAGGGGAAACUACAUGAGCUGUUACUCAGUUAUGCACGAGUACAGGUUUGCGUGUUGGGGGUUCAUUCAGUGAUUUCAGUGAGCUUAACUGACGGAAUGCAAACCUGAAGAAUUGAUGCUUUUAAAAUGUCCAGCUGUUACAUAAAUUCAUUUUACGUUGAUUGUAAACUUUUACUUUACUGUGUUUUUUUUUUUUUUUCUUGUAACUUGAACAACCUCUAGUUCCCACUGGUAGAGGCUUUUCGACAGCUAGAACCACUAUGCCGUCGUCAUCCAAGUCUUCAUUUUCACAAAAUGUGUUCCAUCCAACUGUUAUGUGUAUUAUAUCACAGCACAAUGCCAUUUGCAAAGCCAGCUCCCCAUUAGUGGAAAGUGGCUGCCGGACAGCUUUUGUUCUCGAUACACACGUUUACCAAGCUUUAAUUACUGUUAGUGGCAAACAUAGAUGCACUCAGCCAAGUCCUGCUCAAGCGUACACAAGCUCUGGAGGGAUUGAGUUAUAGCUCAUAAAAAGAUUGGGAUGUCUAUUUUUUUUAACCGCCAUUGUUGUUGUUGUUGUACCUGAUGUUGUUUAUUGCCACUGAACAAUAUCGGUGAAAGAGAGAGGAUGUGAUUUGGGGAAGACCAGCGAGCUCAUGUAAUAUAGCCGAGUUUGGCGGGUUUCAUCUCUGGACGUCUAUUUUUGUACUCAGCAAUCGAAUUACAGCAAGGAAGCUGUAAAGAAAAUUGCAGCAAAGAAAGUUACACAUGCACUGCAGACACAGAGGAAUGCCCAGAAACAUGGUAAAAAGUUCAAAUAAAGCGCUAUAUAAGUGUGCUUGCCUAGUAUUGUUUUAGCAUGUGCUAGUCUAUCAACUCAUAGUUCUGUGUAAAUAGAGACCAGAAGACUACUGUUUUGUUUUUCAUUACUGCCAUUAUGAAACACCAUUUUUGUUCGAGAUUUUGUUGUUGUUG